UCCAACUAAACGUGAAGUUCAGCAAAGUAUGAGUUCAGGUCGUUCAUGAGGCAUACCCCGGAAGGGAAACCCAAGCUGUCCCCGCUUGUUCCGUCAAGCUCCGUUGACCGAUCUGCCGCCGUGACCGCUUUGUUGGGCCCGUCGCGAUCCGCUGCUAGCCGUGCAGCGAGCAUGUCCACCUUCAGACCCAGAGACACGGCACCACUUGUCGACAUGUCGCUGUCCUCGCAGGAUAAGCCCACUCCGCCCGCAUCUGCACCUGCCCUUCCCACGCGGCCCCAGAACAGAUCUGUAUCUCAGCCGCUGCUGUCGUCCAUACCUGCCGGCGCGCAAGGACAGUCAGCCUUUGGUAGCUCUCUCACCAGCAGCCGACCGCAAACCAUAGACGCCACAUUGCCCUUGCAAGUUCUCCCACCUGCGUCGGCGCCUCCUCCACCAUCUUACCUCUCUGCCGCUAAUCCAUUCCACAAUCUCCAAACCGGCUCGGCACCCCUGCCCCAGUCCAGCUUUGGCCAGACCACGGGCGUUUCGCCCGGACUUGGUGUCAGUAGCACAGGCAUGAGCUCGAGUUUCUCCGGGACGAAUUUGUCGCCGUUCCAGGCUUCGCCGUUUGGCGCUGCACCGCUAAGCUCAACGCCGAGCCCCCAUCCGUUCUCACCACAAGGAUUGUCCAUAGGCCCCAAUGGUAUCAAUACUCAGAGCACUACGACGAAUCAAUCGCAGAUAGCGUUCAGCCAGCCUUUCGGACAGUCUCAGACACCGUUUGGACAACCCAAUCAGGCUUCGUUUGGACAACCUAGCCAAUUUCUAUUUACACAAACCAUACAGACACCAUUCAAUCAACCCGUAUCAAUUGGUCAACAGUUCGGACAGCAGCAUGCGCAGGCGCAAUCUUAUACUCAACAGCAGCAGAUGCAGAUGCAGUUUGCGCAGCCACAGCCACAACUACACACGUCAGCACCUGGAAAUCCCUAUCUACAGACACCGUCGCCAUUCAUGGGUGCACAGUCGGUGGGCGGAUCCCCGUCUCCACUCGCUCAGACGCAGGCCCUGCCACAGACGAACACGACGCAGACUGGGUUUGGAGGCGCCAACCCGUUCACGAGCUGGAUACAACAGCCGCCUGCACAGCAGCAGGGAGGAUACAGUCGGCAAUGGGGUAUGUAGAUUCUUCUUUGCGUUGCAGAGCGAGAGAGCUUCUUUACAGUCGAGUAAUCUACUGUAGGUCGUAAGUUUGUUUAAUUAUAGGAUCCGGAAUGAUGAUACUUCACUUAGUUACACAGUGUUAACGGGGGACGGGCUCAUCUGCUUAUCUGAUACUUAUUAUACUUGCUUAGUCGAGUCUCGACCACUGCUGCAGUUCACCCGCAAUUCCACAGCCAUCCACUUUGGACUUGAGAAGCACGCCAGAGAUAUGAGCGUUGAUCAUGGGGCGCUGCCCCGCGCGCGUCGGAGGCGGCCACCGCCUUUUGAACUUAGUCAAUGUCCAAGUCGAGACAUUUAAGGAUUCAGUGGCUAUGUGUGCGUACGUUUCCGCAGUAUUGCGCGUACUGGUUGUUUACACCUUUUUGGAUG